CAACACCAUGAGUAGUCCCACCAGCUGUGGCGGCGGCGGCCUUUCGAUAGAUGAGGAGGAGACAGCGGAGACACGGAUCAGGAGGCUGAUAUCGGAGCACCCACUCAUAAUCUUCAGCCGAUCAUCUUGCUGCAUGUGCCAUGUCAUGAAGAAGCUAUUGGCCACAAUCGGUGUUCACCCUACUGUAAUCGAACUCGAUGACCACGAGUUCGCUUCCCUCCCUCGACCCUCUUCUCAUGGCAGCCUCUCCUCCCGGAAUCUCGCACCAGCCAUCUUCAUUGGCGGAACCUGCAUCGGUGGACUCGAAUCCCUCGUCGCUCUCCACCUUAGUGGCCACCUCGUCCCGAAGCUCGUCGAAGUUGGCGUUCUCUGGGUAUGAUAUAUAUAUAUGUGUGUGUGGAAGUUCUUUCUAUCAAAUA